AUGACGGCAACCCAAGGCCGGAAAUACCGCGAUGAACCGCGACGCCUCACCUCCAGUCCGGCAGGCACGGACAUGGUAGAGCGUGUCGCCUACAUUCUAAGAUAUCUGGGAACCAUGGGUCUCAACAACUUUGAUGAGCUUUUGUGCACAUACUACACUCAAAAUUUCCACGAACCAUCGUUUCUCUGCAAUGAGCUACGCCCAAGUCACCACAGGAGAUUGCCCGGCGUCUUCUCCAGCGUGUUCCGGGCCUCGGAGAACUGGAGUAUUUGGGAACGCAGGGGAUUCCAAGAGGAAGUUUCAAAAGCCACCGAAGAAGCGCUACUAUCCGAGAGCUGGGAAACGCAGAGCGACAUUCACCCUGCGGUUACCCAUAUGUUAAAGGCGCCAAAGAGCAAUCUGCCGUGCGUGGCCUCAAGAGUCUCGCCGUUAAAGUCCUGCAUUACAAACAAGUUGCCCCAUCUCUGGACAUUGAUGAUGACUUUGGCGACAUCCGUUAAACCGGCGGGCAACAGAGAUGCCUCGGGCGCGGUAUUUGCAGCCAUUCUUCUUCUUCAGUACGGCGGGCGCAUGGGGAGGAAAAUGCUUCUUGAUUUGGUUGGCCUCUGUUUAUGA